GUGUUUCAAGCGCCCCGCCGGAGAGGUCGCCGCGCGAGGAGCCGCUGCAGCCGUGCCUCACCCGGGUGACCGCGGCCUGGCCGAGCUCCGCGACCUCCGCGACCUCCGCGUCGCGUGUCAGUCGGCAGCACCGUCGCGAUAAUAGCGUCCGCGGGUGUCUUCGGCCGGGUCCGCCGCCGCGUGACACACUCGCGAACGACGCGCGCCCGCCCGCCACAGUGAAGUGAACCGGUCCCCAUAUGAGGAUAAACCAGUGCAAAGAGGAUUAGCCAGUCCAACACCAGCGCCGAGUCCUCGCCCGACAUGGUGCUCUUCCGGCGCGACUCGGAGGGGGGCCCCGCCCCGCGCCUCCUGCGCGUGUCCCCCCUGCGGCAGAGCGGCCGCGGCCCCCCGGCCGCCCCGCGGCCACCGCCCGCGCCGCUGGGCAUGCCGCCCGCGGCCUGGGCCACCCGCGACCCGGACCUCAAAGACGAGGAGCAGAGGAAAGCUGAGGCGGAGUGGGAGGCAGAAGAAGAGAGUAUAGCAGUGAAGGCGCUGAUUACAUACGAAGAGAACCUGAAGAAAGCCGAGGGGAAGAGCAAAUGCGAGGAAAAUAGGGCAGCUCUACAUGGACCGAAUGAAGUCAAAGGGAAGAAAAUCGAGGAAGAGAAGAAAGCUAUGGGUGGCCUGAAAAACGUCGAGGGGAGCCUGAAAAAAGCUGAUGGGAAGAAAUCCGGAGAGAGCAGGGGAGAAGAGCGGGAAGCUAUGGAUAUCCUGAUGAAAGACGAUGGGAGGAAAACUGAAAAGAGGAAGGACGGGCAGGAGAGGGAAGCUAUGGGAGGCUCCAAGAAAGUCGUUGGGAGGGAAACUGAGGAAGAGAAGGGGGAUGAAGAAGUGAGGGAAGCUAUAGUAGAUCUAGGGAUAGCCGAUGGGAGGAAAACUGAAAUGUGGGAAAACGAGGAAGAGAGGGCAGCUUUGGAGGAGCUGGAGAAAGCCGAGGAGGGAAUGAGGGAAGCUCGGAGGGAGGCCGAGGAGCGGAUGAGGAAAGCUCGGAAGGAAGCUGAGGAGGGGAUGAGGGUAGCUGAGGAAGAGUUGAGGAAAGCUGUUAGGAGAUUAAGAAAGUCCCAGGAAUUUAAAAUGAGCCAGGAGAACAGAGAUAUCGAAAACAAAUCUGAGACGAAUCUGAAUCUGACGCGUGAUGAUGAAAAAGAAGAAGAGACGCAGAGGGAAUCAGAGGAGAUGAGAAGUACCAUUAACCUUAAUGAAACCUACCAGAUUAUUGAAGGGGAGCGGGUGCAGUGGAAACCUGUGAAGGAAAACAGAUCGCAAACACCGAAAACAUCCAGUGACUCAGCUGAAAGACGAAAGAGGCGGGCCGUCGAGGUGACCUCUCAGUCCGAUGACACCUUUUCUGAACCCGUCCACGAAGAGAAAAGGGGAGCCGAGAAUGAUAAAAGUCUAGAUUUAGACGAAACGUUCUUUUCGCCUGCUGAAAGACAAAAACACGCCGAGGAGCAGACAAAUAUAUACUCACAGGAGACCGCUGUUAGUGUUGGUUCAGGCGAAACGUUCUUUUCGCCUGCUGAGAUGCAGACGAGGGCCGAUAAGAGAAGUGAUAAUUCGCAGGAGAGCGCUGUUAGUGUCAGUUCAGAUGAAACGUACUUUUCGCCUGCUGAGAGGCCGACGAAUGUCGGGAAGAGAAAUAUUUUUUCGCAGGAGACGACUGUUUGUUCAGAACCUGCUGAGAAGCUGAGAAAAGUCGACAUAGACAGAAGUAUUUUUUCGCAGGAGACGACUGUUUGUUCAGAACCUGCUGAGGAGCUGAGAAAAGUCGACAUAGACAGAAGUAUUUUUUCGCAGGAGACGACUGUUUGUUCAGAACCUGCUGAGGAGCUGAUUAAAGUCGAGAUAGACAGAAGUAUUUAUUCAGAAGAAACGGUUAUUUAUGACAUGUCGGAGGAAGAGCAGGAGAAAGCCGACGGAGAGGGAACUAUUUAUUCAGACGAAACCUUCUGUGAGCCCUCCGAGGAAAAACAGAAAAAAUCGGGGGAAAAGAGAACUAUCUGUUCGAACAAAACUGUCGAACAGGAGCAGAGUUCAGUCCAAAGAGACCAGCCGAGUGCUUCAACUUCAACCUAUCCUUCGAACAAAAACACAAUGGGACCCGCCAAGCAUGGACAGUGGGAAGUCCAAGAGAACCUGCCGAUUGCUUUAACUUCGAAGUGUUAUACGAACAAAACUGCCAAGAAGCACACCAACGAGAAGCAGUGGAAAAACAAAAGGGGUCAGCCGAUUGCUUCAACUUCACCACGUCCUUUGAAAAAAAUCAUGAGACGCACCAAGGAGGGGCAGUGGACAGUCCAAGAGAACCUGCCGUGUGCUUCAACUUCAACAUUUUCUUCCAACAUAACCGUCAAGGGGCUCGCCAAGCAGGUGCAGAGGGCACUUCAAGGGGACCAGCUGAGUGAUUCAACUUCAAUUUCAACAUGGGUGAGGUCAACGGUAUGUUCAAAUGUUGUUCAAGAGGACAAGAAAGCCAAUACAGAGAAGAUUGCUGUAAAAAGGACAUCCCAAGAGAACUCCCCAUUACACGUGUGCAAGCUACCUCGAUGUGAAGAGCACCAGCCUUUCUAUGUAUCAAGUAAACGGGAACUCGGGUUAUUGCCAGAACACACAAGGCACAUGGCUAGAAGAGAAGGGUUGCGGUCACCACCAGGAUUUUGGAGUCUAAACAUGCCUAGCACUCAAUUCAUCAGGUCCAGAAAUCAGAACGAGAAUCAAUAAGAGAAGCCAUACGAAAAUCGAGAAAAAAAAACAGUAUCGGAGCAAAGACUAAAUUUAUGAUCUGACUGCUGUUUUUGAAUUUUUCCCCGACGACAAGAGCUGUUUAAAUGGGGUUUCAGCGAGAGGAGAAAUCUCCCUCGGUCUAUCCCUACCAACAGAGAUUGGUCACAAGUUAUCAAAAUGAUGAAAAUUCGCAUCACUAUGACGUAUUUUUGGGCCUCAAAACAUCAUUUUCACAUCACUAAUACUUCAAUCUGAUGUUUUGUGACGAAUCUCUGUUGGUAGGGUUUGUCGAGUCUGGUGAGCCACCUGGAGUGUUGGCAACAAGCUCUACGCCUGUCUGAACAGAUCUUCAAUAAUACAUCGGCCUUCCUCUUCAUCAAAUUUAAAUAAUGCAUCCAUAUUACGUUGGUUGUUUGAUACUUCCUAAUUAAUUAUGUCAGUAUAAUUUAAUUUUUAUUUUUAUAUAUUUUAUAUGUCUUAUCUUUAUUAUUUUAAUAAUGUGAUUAUUUAUCGAUUUGACUCGGCGGUGCUUAGUUACAAAAAAUUGUCCAUGACAUUUAGAGUGCAAACCCGCCCGUUCGCCUGCGUGCGGUAGCGGGUUGCGGUCGUUGCGAUACAGUAAAACUACACAAGUGCGCGGGGUUAAUUAGCCACCUAGUAUGCAUGUGAUGACAUACGCACAUCAUAUCAUUGUAUCAGUGAAGUGAAGAACCAUUAAAAUGUUCGGUUUUACCAACAUGUACGUAAGCGCAAGUAUUGCAAAAAAAUUAUUGUUCUUCUUGAUUGCCCCGCGAUUUCCUCGUCACACAACUAUCGGGCGGAUCGCGUGCAAAAGCGUGCCGCAUUAGCAGUCCCCUGUCAUUACACCCGGUGGACUUUGCGCCGUCCGAGGUGACGAAGACACCGUUAUCCGGCUAUCCGAGGCCAGGGGCGCCACUUAUCCAUG